AUGGAAGGCAACUCAAAAGGCAUAAGCAAAUUCAAGAAAAUCUGUGUGUUCUGUGGGAGUCAUUCAGGGCACAGGCAAAUCUUCAGUGAUGCUGCUAUUGACUUGGGAAAUGAACUGGUGAGAAGGAAGAUAAAUUUGGUGUAUGGAGGUGGGAGUGUUGGCCUUAUGGGAUUAAUUUCACAGAGAGUUUAUGAUGGUGGCUGCCAUGUUCUUGGAGUGAUUCCACAAGCUCUGGUUCCUGUGGAGAUAUCGGGAGAAGGCGUUGGGGACGUGAAAAUCGUGGCCGACAUGCAUGAGCGUAAAGCCGAGAUGGCUAAGAUAGCAGAGGCGUUUAUUGCUCUUCCGGGAGGAUAUGGCACAAUGGAGGAGUUAUUGGAGAUGAUAACAUGGGCACAACUUAAAAUCCAUAAUAAACCGGUUGGUUUGCUCAAUGUUGAUGGCUACUAUAACUCUUUGCUUAAGUUGUUCGAUAAAUUUGUCGAUGAAGGUUUCGUUAAGCCAGCUGCUCGUGGCAUAGUUGUUUCGGCUUCUACAGCCAAAGAGCUUCUAACAAAAAUGGAGCAAUAUAUUCCCUACCAUCAGCAACUGCAGCCUGCAAGUGGCCUCUCAUGA